CCUCGCUUUUCUACCCUCCUUUUCAGUGGUGGUGGUCUGCGUUGGUUUUUGCGGCUCUGACGUCAUCCUUUCGAGCUUGUACCUCCACCCUGGUGGGGUGGCAGGGGUGGGGAGGUGGGAGAGGGGCCAGGAGGAUGAGGGGCAACUGGCCAGCAUCCCCUGGGCCUCAUGUAACCUCCCACCAGGACAGCUGCGGAGGGGCCAGGCCCCUGCUUAUCCACUAGGAGAAUAGGUCUGUGCCACCCAGACGCCAGUGGCCCUGGCCUGGAAGCCUCUGGAAGCUGGGGAAGCCUUCCUGUGGCAGCCCCAGGCUAUUGUGCUUGCCCGGAUAGCAUGUUGUCUCUAGAAGAGAAUUCCUGGUGGCCAGGCAGGCACCAAGCUCUGGCUCACCACCGGCUCAGGCGAGGGUCCAGGUGGGAAGCUCCCUUGGGAGGGGGAGGCCACCUUAGCUGGGGUGGUGGGCGCGGUAGCACAGAUCCUGCCUGGAGCCUGUGGGCACUCGGCUCUCCAAAGCGUUUCACACCCCCACGCACCUGCACCUGCUCCUCUGUGGUCCCCUCUGCCACAUGCCAUGCUGGGCCCCUCACCGGGGCAAUGAUUCUCCUUCAAACCCUGGUAGACUGUGGGCCCUGGGAGUGUGGCAGCGCCCAAAUCCCCGCCUGGAGCUGUGGUGCUCAUGGGGCCGCGAGUGGACACAGUGCACCAUCCGCCUGGCCCUGGGUGACCAUGAAACCCCAGCCACUCCCAGCACUGCGGUCUCACCGCCACCUCGAGCAGGUCCUGCUUGGACGAGUGGAGCUGGGGACACCUGCCCUGAGCCACCAGGCCUGACCCCGUAGGGGGCUGCAGUUACAGGGGAGGCGUGACCCCUGUUUCCACAGAGCCCGUUGGGGAAAGGACGGCCUGGGUCAGGGAGCUUUGCCGGUCACCCAGAACACGCAGGCUACCUGGGGACAUUGUUUGAGAUCAACCUCCAGGCCGGGAGCAGGACCCCGCCACCCUGUCUGGCUCACCCACGCCCCACACCUGCGCCAUGUGCUGCUCUGAGCCCAGUCUUAGCUGGACACAGGACCACUUGCGGAGACUUGAAACGCCCAUCCUGGGUCCCUCCCAGGGGGUAGAUGUGGCUGGAGUCCAGGCACCCCCAAAAUCCCCACCAUGAAGGUCCCAGGCUGCCCCCGAAGCCCCCACCUGCCACCCUGGAUAUGGACAGCAGCCAAAUGGCCGCCCACCGCACUAGGUCUCACUCCACCAUGGAAGCCCUUUCUGUCCAUGUGAAAAUGCUUCGGCUGCUUCCGGUCAUGCCUGCAGCCUUUCCCGGCCAGCAUCUCCUGCAAAGACUGCCACUGAGUGAGAUUGCGGUCUGGGUCCCCACUCACGCCCCCGGGGCCCGGCACACGGCUGGCGAGGGGUGGAGGCUCCCCUUCCCCAAGUGCCUGAGCUGGGUCCCUGCAGGGCACCCAGGCCCACACGCAGCACCCCGCACACCUCUCCGUGAGGGUCUCCCUGCAGCCACGCGGGAGCUCUUAGGAGGCGCAGCCUGUGCAGCUCAGAUCUGCCCCCAGACUCCUGGGUGGGGGGCUCCCGGGUUUGGACCCACCCCCAUGUGGAUGGAGGCUGGCUUUCCGCCUCUUCUCUGCCAGAGCAAUGCCUGGGGUGGGGGUGGGGGACAGCCCCCGAAGCACGUGGUCCCCACCCAGCCCUCCAGGGAGGCCGUUGCUCAGCCAGGGCCGCCCAGCCCCUCCCCUCCUUGUAGGCUCCUGGCCAAAGCGGGGCCUCCUCCUCCAGACCCGGCCUCCUCCGAGGCUGAGUUUUUGGGAACUCGCUUGUUUUGUGAUGUGGCAACGGCUCCCAUCACACAGCCCGGCCACCUGGUAAAUAUUUACAGAGCGGCUGACAGGCGCUUGCCUGGGUGCAGCUGGCCGGCUGGAGCGCGGGGCCGGCCCAUGACGCCCUCCACGGGCUGGGCCGCCCAAGGCUCUGCUUCCGGAGCGCAGGGCGCCCUGGCGUCCCCCUCCAGACAAAGGGGAGUCUGGUCCUGCCAGCCGCGCCGGCUCUGGCCCCGAGCUCAGCUCAGCCUCCUGGUUCACUGUCACUCACUGUCACCGUUUCUGGAAGAAGGUGCCUUGACACCGUCCACUGGGUCACCCCUGCCCGAGGGCCCAACAAGCGACACCAGGUGUGAAGGGUCCGCCUUGUGACGGGGACGGUCGCCGUCUCCUCCUCGCGGGCCGGCGCACAUCUGCUCCUACAGCGCGGCCACCCGGCUCCUCACCCGGAGUGGGGGCACCGAGAGCUCCCUGCCCUGCAGCCAGAGCUCCAGGCGGCCUGGGCCUCCGCCCCCCGGUGUGCGAAGAGGUGGCUUCGGGGCGAUGCAGGAAGGCCACGGGCAGAGGCUGCUGUCGGUCAUCACGGAGGGGAUGCCGACAUGUGUCUGGGACAUCCUGGAGGGAGGCCAGGACCCCACGGGGCAGUGGACAAAGAUAGCCGCCCGUGAGCUGGACGCCCAGGGAUCACACGGACCCUGAGACCGAAGGCAGACCAGGGAGCCCCGUGUUUGCCGGAGACCCGAUGUCUGGAGAAGCAGAGUCGAUUUGUGCUGAUGGCAGCUGCUUCUAGGGGAUGAAGCGGCCGAGGUAGGACCAGAUGUGCAGGUGGCCCAGAGGAGGGACGCCAGGGGCUCAGGGGCCUGCGUCCAAGAGGCCAGAGCGCAGGUGCCCCCAGCCCCCAGACCCAGGGCUCAGCGCCCGGCCCCCAGGAGGGCCCUGGGUAGGGGUCACAUCUGAGGCCUGGGGCAGAGGUGGUUUCUGUGAUGUCACCUCCGUCCUGCACCUUCUGGUCCUACUUCUAACGCCGUCACUUGAUCUGAACUCCCCCAAUCGUCACCCACGGUCACUCUGGCGUCACCUGUUGGCAUUGUUUGAACCAUCUCCCGAUUACAGCUGCUGCCCCAUUCUGUGCCACCCUCACACCAAGGUGUCCCUGUGAGGUUCCCACCCCACCUGUCUGAGAAUUACAUGAAAUUCAAACCAGAUCCCUAAAUGAAGGUGUUUUGGACCCAGCUGUGCCCAUCGGGACAGGCGUGAGUGCUGCUUCACGCUACAGGGCCCGCAGAGCUGGUUCGAGUCCCGGGCCAGCUCCUGCCAGUGACCCCUGGGGCUGAGCUAAGCCAGCAGCCUCGGCAUCACUGUUUUGUUGGUUAUGAGGAUCUGAGAUCUUUAACGUCAGUGCUACAGCUCCCUGAAGGCUCAGAGGGUGGUUAGCAGAUUCUGCAAUAGGAAUUUUGUACGAAGUUUCCGGAGGCAUUCUUUCCUUUCUUUUUAGGGCUGCACUUGCUGCAUAUGGAGGUUCCCAGGCUAGGGGUCGAAUUGGAGCUGUAGCCACCGGCCUACACCAGAGCCUCUUCGACCUACACCACAGCUCAGUGGCAAUACCACUUAACCCACUAAGCGAGGCCAGGGAUUGAACCUUCAUCCUCAUGGAGACAACAUCAGGUUCUUAACCCAUGGAGCCACAGUGGGAACUCCUACAAUCAGGACUUUUAAUGAAGGUGCACAUUGUGUCUUGACCAUAACGCUGCGGCCACUUAGCAGCUGCGUACGGGGCAAGCACCACUUUAUGUGCCCUGGGACUGAAGCCUGCUUUGACUGGCUUGGCAGCAGCAUCUGCUUUGUUGUGGUGUCUCCACACGGAGGUGGAGAAGGGACAGGCCGGGCCCUGUCUGUCGACCUGAGCUGGAAUGCCCGCCUGCUCCUGCCCUGCAGUCAGCCAUUGGGGUCUCAGUCCUGGCCUGGGGCUCGGACGUGCACCGGCCACAGGGACAGCGCCAGCUCUCCAGGCCACCAGCCUGCAGAGGCAGGUGGCGGGACUGCCGAGCCUGAGUAUUUGAGGACCCAGCACCGGGGCACGAUGCCCUCGCUCUGCCUCUGCUCCUCUGAAGCAUCUGCCUGAAAGGGACAGAGCGAGGCCUCAGAGGCAGCAGGUGGGACUCUGCCAGGAUCAGCUGGAAGAGGCCCUGCGCAGACACACAAGGAGGCGGCGUCCCCAGGUCUGAAGGGAGCCCUGGCCGGACUCCACCCCAACUCCCAUCUGCGGGCCCCCCGGGAGAAGGCGUUUCCCUGGGUCCAGCCCUGGUCCGCAGGCCUGGGCCGUGGACGUGCGCUGGCUCGGGUUUGGUCCCAAGAAGGAAGUGCUGCUGUGGCAACAAACACCGACAAAGCUGGGCGGCGUCGGGGCGGGAGAGGGGCAGAGGCCCAGGAGGCGUCUGAGGUGCCUGCCAGCACCGCGAGUGCUCAGUGUCGGGGUGAGGCCCCAAAAGACGAGGGGUGCUGCCGAGAGAGCGGCCGCCUUCCCCGAUUCACAAGUAACCCGGGCAGACGGGAGACACGUGGAGACGGCGCAUUCAAGGGCGGCUGGGGAACGUGGGGAUCCUUGGUGUGACAGCUGUGACAGCAAACACACCUCAGAGGAAACGCUCCUGAGAAACCAGGGCUGGAUGCGCUUGCUGGGAGAUGCCUUUCCAGGAGCAGACCGUGCGUCCUGUGCGCUGAACCGGGUGAACGCCGAAGCUGCCACCCCCUCUUCACAGACAGGGAGCGCAGGGCUGUCCUCUGGACCAGACUGUCCCCCACGGCGAGGCACGUCACGCCCCAGGCACGUGAUUCCAGAGCGUUGGAACUGGAGUUGGGAGGGACCCCGUCCCCCAUGUGUGACCAACACCGAUCGUGUGUCACUCCAGGGGCUCAGCGGCUCCUGGACAGAGACCUGGGCCUGCCCUCAGCGAUCUCGGUCUAUCGGGCAGAGGUUCAAGUUUAAACAAAUGGGUCUAAUAAGGGUCCUAGCUGCUAACACGUCCCCACAUCCGAGGAGUUUCAUAUGCUGCUCUGCCAAAGGCAUUUGCUGUGGCAGAUUCCUGCGUCUGGGCUCCGUUUACAGUGCUGUGUCCGUUGCUGCUGCCCAGCGAAGUGACCCAGUCGCAGGCGUCCUUUUUCCCAUGCUGUCUCCCGUCACGUGCCGUCACGGGAACUGCAAAGAGCUCCCUGUGCUGAGCAGCAGGACCGCGUGGCUUGUCCACCUCAAUGUCAUCGUUGGCGUCGACCGGCCCGUCAAGGGGACGAUGAGCAUGGAAAGCGCACCACAGCUUUCAGACGAAGGAACAAGACGAACACGCAGGCGCUGGAGGAGGAGGAGACGGGCGAUCCACCUGGAAGAGCACUCGGAGUGACCACAGCGAAGGUGGUCCACGAUGCCGGGAAAAGAGCGGAGACACGGACGGAGAAGGUGCAAGAAACGUUUAACAAAGAGCCGAGGGUUUAAAGAGCAAGCAGACAGACUGAGACGAACAGCGCAACAUCUGAAGUGAAGGCAACGCCUCCGAGUUUUGAGCUGAACUCCUCCCGGCUCUGGACGUGCCCGCGCCCCCCGUUCAGCUCCUGGUGGCGCCAGCUCUUGGAGGCCGGACGUGCUGUGGCCUGAGGGUCACCCCUCGGUCGCCAGCGUGGGGAGCACCCUAUGGGCCAUUCCUCCCCUGGAGAGGCUUGCUCAGUUCACACAGGGACAGGGUGGGCUCAUCUGUCACUUCCUAACAGUGACAAAGUGGCAGGAAGCAGGUCCUUGGUGGCUAUUGAGGAGAACCAGCUGUUUCAUGCAACCACGAAGGUGCCAAACUCGGGGUCAUGUUUUUGGAAUGGAAUGUUUGACUUGAGAUAUUUGGUUAAGAUUAAUCAGACUUUUCACAAUGUCUCAUUUGCUGAAAAAUUUCAUUUUUCCCUGAAAAAUUAGGAGAUCGGAAAGCUUUGGCACAUUAGCAACAAGAGAUGGCGAAGACGUGUCACCCGCCCCCUGUCUCAAAUCACGACUCACAUCGAGCAGCUUUAAAGGGUGGCAGUGAUGUGUUUGGACCAGUGUCCCUCCGUUCCGGUCUGUCUGAUGUUUCUCGAGGUGGGACUGGGGACGCGCCUUCACUACGGCCUUCUCGGGCACGGUCUGGGGCGCCUGGCCUUCCCUCCAAUGCCCACCGCCAGGAGGUGCCCUCUGAGUGCACAGAGCGCAGCCCUCGGUGGCUGCCGGUUGCCCUUCUCUGUGCGCCAAGUUUGAGAGCUUCCGUUAAAUGUCUGCAGCCCUGCCCACCUCGCCCCCCAGGCAGAAGGCUUCAUCAGAAAGCUGCCAGCUAGUGGGCCCAGAAGGGGUGGGGCCGGCCCCCCAAAGCCUUGUGUCUAGGUGGUGUGCGGGGUGACGGCCCGUGCGUCAGGGACGUCAGCUUGAACAGCACCUGGAACCCAGAUCCUGCUCUCCUGCCCAGAGGAGGCAGCCACAGACUCCAUGGAACCCAGGGGACGGGAAGUUCUCUCCUGCUGGCAGACGCUGGAGUCCUCAGCCAGGAAGCCCGCCAUCAGGGUCUCAGGACCAACCCAGGCCGAGAAGCCAAAACCUGCACCUCAGGGUCAUGGAGAGCUGAGUCAUGUGCACAUCCGGUGUGAGAGGUGCUGCCUGGACCAGGGCCACCAGCUCCCUGGGCUUGGCUGUCACAUGACCCCCCUGCUUGAGAGCAAGGAAGAGGGUGGAAGCAGGGAGGAGGCAGGGAGGAGG